CUUAUCUGGCUAUGUUUCUUGUCUCCAAGCAUGCCAGAUUACUGUUGGUACUGAUACUGACUCGGCGGGUUCAAGCUGAAGAAUAGAAGGAUCAGUGGCGGGAAAUUUAAAGGGAACAAACUCGAGCCAUAAUUUCAAGCUGGGUCAAAAAAGACGCGGCUGUGAAAAUGGUUUGUUUUGGAGGUGAAACCAUCGUUGAUAGGAGUCGCCUAACAGAAUUAGAGUUCUACAUCAGCUGUAAGUUUAUAGUUUAUAGGAGACUAGAGGUUUGCAAGAAUUAUGACUGUGUUAAAGUUAGAAUUCUGCAGUAACAAGUCAAUGUUAGAGUUUUAUUCUUAUUAGGAGAUGGUUAUUUGAUUAAUUUCUUCACGUUGUUAGAUGAUGUUAAGAAGUCUUUGCCUAGUAUGAUUUGUAAAGGCUAUUUAAAGCCAUCUUGAUUAUUCAGAAUACAUAGAAAACUUCUAGAGAUUUGUUCAAAAUUGAGAGAUCAUACUUGUGUAAACAUGAGUAGAAUAGGAACUCUUGAGGAGGAUUUGGUGGAAUUAGUGAGGAAAGUGGAAAGUAUGAUUGUUCUGAAACGAAGGGAGAUUGAUAGAAAGGCACAGAUGGCGCAAAAAAUUGAGAAUUUAAUGGUGGAGUUGACCCUUGAGAAGGAAAAGAACUUCAAGUUAAAGAUGGAAUUGGAGACUGUCAGAGAAGGAACUGUUGAGAAGGGUUUAGCGGAAUUAAAGGGGCAAGUGGAGAGCAUGAAUGUUCUGUUACGAAGGGAGGCUGAUGGAAAGGCACAGAUGGUGCAAAAAAUUGAGAAUCUGAUGGAGGAGAUGAUCCUUGAGAAGGAAAAGAACUUCAAGUUAAAGAUGAUAUUGGAGACUAUCAACUUCGUGUCUUCUGGUGCGACUACUGCUGCUUCAAUUGUUUAAGUUUUUCUUACAAUGAUAUUAAGUACUGAAUGUGUUGAGAAUGGAUAUUUCUUGAGUUUUUAGGAAAAUAAAUAUUUUUCUUACUUAA